AUGGGUACAAACCUGCUCGUUCUCGGCGCGAUCGUCCUCUUGUUGCGUCGCCCGCAGUACACACGACGCAUUGUCGGUGGCUUCAUGGGCCAAAUACUCGUCUUGACGUUCGUGCCGACGUCGUCUUUCUUCCUCUCGUCCGAAAACGCCAGCACCGUUGCUCUUCUCAGUGCCACAGCCAUCGCGUCCAUUGCAACGGCGUUCAUUGACAGCUCGACGAUUGCGCUCGUGUCGCACUAUCCCCGACGAGUACAGGAGAGUUUUCAGUUAGGCGUUGGCCUUAGCACGCUCAUCGGGAGUUUCUAUCGAGACGCGACGAAACUCAUCUUUUCAGCUGAUCGACUGCUGCUCUCGUCGCUCAUUUACUUCUACGCUGGAGCACUCAACAUCGCGCUCUGUAUCGGGGCCUUCUACAUGGUCAUGAAGCUCGAGAUCUCGCACAAGUACCUGCUGCGCAAGUCGGACACUGGUGUGGAGCUCACGGAUCGGUCGCCGCUCGUGAAGAACAAGCGGCAGUCAGGUGGGAGUGACCCGCUUCAUUUCCCUGGACUCGCACCGACGAGUUUGUCAGUCUGGCCGCCGCUAAUCACCGAGAUCAAGACGUAUGGUUUCCCGUCGCUUCAGAAGAGUGGAUGGUGGUCGCUGAUCCUGCUCACGUCCUUCUCGAUCAGCGACUGCGCUGGACGUUUCAUUGUAAAUCAUCGCUUUGGUCUCACGCCGAGCAACGUGUGGAUUCCGAUCAUGGGGCGUUUUGUCCUCGUCCCGAUCAUUGUUGGCACCGUCAAGGAGUGGUGGCUCCAGAGCGACUUGUGGUCUCUGCUCAGUGUGUCGGCCCUCGGAGUCGGAAACGGUUAUUUAGGCACAUUGACGAUCAUCUUCGUGAGCGAGAGUGUCCACGCUGACGAGCAGCACCUGAUCGGUCCCUUUACGAGCUCCUUUCUGAACUCUGGUCUUGUACUGGGAUCGAUGGUGGGUCUCAUCUUGGAAAGAGUCGUGCUACGAUAA